GUUUGAGGGGUGUGGAUGGUUUGUGACCCCCCUCACCGGACUCUAUCCCUAUGGGCUGGGAGAACUGAGCUUGGCCGCCAGGGACCAGGUAGCGUUUCGUCUCGGGUGGGCCCACCGACUCCUCUCCAGCGCCGCGGGAAUAGGGCCGCCCCACGCGGAGCCUUCGCCUCAGAAAAGGCAGGGUCGGGACCCCUCCUCACCGCGCGUCAGGGUCGCCCACAGACUGAGGAGACACCAAAGGCCUCUGAGGCGGGAGACCAGGGGUCCUGCCCGGCCCCUGCCCACGAAAGUGCCCUGUGUCUGUGCCAGUCGUUUUCGCUUCUGUCAGCCGCAGUUUCCUUGUCUGUGGAUUAGGGUGGGUGACAUUAACCAUCCUUACCAUUAGGGGCUAGUUGUGGGAGCGAUAAGUAAUUGCUACCAUUUAUUUACUGAACCAUUGCAAUGUGCCAGACACUGUGCUAAGUAUUUUGCUUCGAUGAUUUCCCGUCACCGUCAAAACAACCUUAUGAGCAACAGCCAGUGGCAGCAACAGUCGCCCCAACAAGGCCAUGAGAUUUUCCUGAUGAUCCAUGCUCUUUGGGAGCUCGAAAUGUGAGAGAGGAAGGAUGUGGAACCUGAAAGCUAGUGUUUCACAAUAGAGGCAAAGGGGCUGAGUCAGUUAGGACCGAAACAAACUAGGAACCCGGUUGCAACCCCACGUACCCUGCUGAUGCUAUCCCCCUUUGUUCCUGCAGUGUCGACCCAGUCAGCAGCCAGGCCAUGGAGUUCUCUGAUGUCACCCUCAUUGAGGGUGUGGGUAAUGAGGUGACUGUGCUGGCAGGUGUGGUGGUGCUGAUUCUAGCCUUGGUCCUAGCUUGGCUCUCUACCUACGUAGCAGACAGCGGUAGCAACCAGCUCCUGGGCACCAUUGUGUCAGCUGGAGACACAUCCGUCCUCCACCUGGGGCAUGUGGACCAUCUAGUGGCAGGCCAAGGCACCCCAGAGCCAACCGAACUCCCCCGUCCAUCCGAGGGUAAUGAUGAGAAGGCUGAAGAGGCUGGCGAAGGUGGGGGAGACUCCACAGGGGAGCCUGGAGCUGGGGGUGGUAUUGAGCCGAGCCUUGAGCAUCUGCUUGACAUCCAAGGCCUUCCCAAAAGACAAGCAGGCCCAGAAAGCAGCAGUCCAGAGGCCCCUCUGAGAUCUGAGGAUAGCAGCUGCCUCCCUCCCAGCCCUGGCCUCAUCAGUGUGCGGCUCAAAUUCCUCAAUGACACCGAGGAGCUGGCUGUGGCCAGGCCGGAGGAUACUGUGGGUGCCCUGAAGAGUAAGUACUUCCCUGGACAAGAAAGCCAGAUGAAACUGAUCUACCAGGGCCGCCUACUGCAGGACCCGGCCCGCACACUGCGUUCCCUGAACAUUACCGACAACUGUGUGAUUCACUGCCACCGCUCACCCCCAGGGUCGGCUGUUCCAGGCCCUUCAGCCUCCCUGGCUCCCUCUUCAGCCACUGAACCCCCCAGCCUCGGCGUCAGUGUGGGCAGCCUCAUGGUGCCUGUGUUUGUGGUGCUGUUGGGUGUGGUCUGGUACUUCCGUAUCAAUUACCGCCAGUUCUUCACAGCACCUGCCACGGUCUCCCUGGUGGGGGUCACUGUCUUCUUCAGCUUCCUAGUAUUUGGGAUGUAUGGACGAUAAGGACAUAGAGAGAAAAUGAAAGGCAUGGUCUUCCUCCUUUAUGGCCUCCCUCCUUUCCUGGCCGGAGCUGGGCCCAAGGGCUUGGGAGGGACGGGUGGAAAGGAUGUGGCAGGUCCUCCUCCAUAGGACAUAGGAGGCAGGUACAGGGCCUCCCCUUCACGUCCACAAGGGUACAGACGUCCCAUCUCUGUGCAAGCACAACUCAGGUAGAAACGAGGAUGUCAUCUUCCUUCCCUUUUAGGGUCCUAAAGUUCAGAGCUGAGCUGGUAGCCCAGCUCAGUGGGGAGCCUGGGCUCCGUCCUCCCAGCUGUGGCCCUAGCUCUUUCCAUUGUCCUGCAUGUCUGCUCCUCGGUACCCAGGGCCGCCUGCCAGGGCAGCUCAGCAUGGCCCCAGCAUACUUCUGUAGGGAGCCUGAGUAUUUUUCUGUUUCUUAAGGGAAUAUCCAUCUUUUGAGACUAAAGUCACGCAGCAGGAGUGAAGGUCGCGUCUGCUUUCCAUAUAGGCACCUAGCCGCCUCUACCUUCUCCCUCCACCCCUGUAGCAGGAAUAGGGUGUUCUCUGUGUUCUGGAUAGUUUCCAGUGUUCUCCCCUUUUUUGAAAGCACUUUGCUUUUUUUUUUUUUUUUUUUUAAUAGUCCUUUAUAGAGCUCAGUCAGAAAGGGGAUUGGGGCACAAAGCCAAGCCCCCAGCAUUGGGAGAGGCCAAGCCACAGCUGCUGCUGCCCUAGGCCUACGGCUGUAAGCGAGAGACAGUUCUGGCCCUCAGCCAGUGUCCUGCCCUGCCCAGCUCCAAGGACGAGCUCUGGGUAUGGAGCCCUGGGCCCCAGGCCCUUGCCUCUGGGGUUCUUGGAUGGAGGGUCAGUGUCUGUGACUAAAUAAAGUUCCAUUUUGUGGCUGUGGAGCCGCCUCCUGUGA